UAAAAAUCGUCAAAGGCGUCAUUCGCCUAUGUAAACUUGAAGGAGCACACCACUAUGUUUCACAUAAUUAUAUAUAUUAUUGCGUUUGGGUGCGUUACAGCUUUGCCUGUUUUAGAAUCCCGAUUUGUGGCGGAAGUGGACAUUCCGGAUCUUGUUCUCAGAUUGGACGCAAACGACGUGAAACUGAAUGCUCUUACAAAGAACCUGACUGAAACCGUUGGCCAGCUUGGUUCUCUGACGAGAUCAUUUAACGACCUCAAAGCCAAAGUCGAUCACCAGCCAGUGGCAUUCAAAGCACACCUGGCCUCGAGCGGCAAUCUGUUUGUCACUAUCGGUCCCAAUCAGCGUAUCAUCUUUGACGAUGUUCAACUGAACCUUGGAAAUGCCUACUUUCAACAUCUGGGUGGAUUUCUUGCACCGUUGAGCGGCACGUACAUGUUUUCCGUCUCCAUUUGCUCACAUGAGGGCCAUUACAUAGUUCUUAAUCUGAUGAAGAACAACAACAGGAUUGGCGGUGUACUUGCGGGGGAUGAUGCUCUUGAUGAUUGCUCGUCUGAGACAACCGUCACUCAACUGAACGCUGGAGACCAGGUAUACGUUCAACAUCAUGGGACCGAUGGCGAUAUGAUCUUUGUGCAUCAAAACUAUAUAAAUAGUUUUACGGGGUCCUUGUUGCAAAUAUUAUAAAUGACAAUAAAUACGACGCACAGCUA